GGUAUAAGGCUCAGGGGGCAGAGCAGAACCCAGCAGUACGGUGGAGGUGCAUGAAGGACACACCAUGAAGGUUCUUCUGAUCUCAGUCUGUCUGUCCAUCCUGGACUUUGGCGCUGCAGAACCAUCACAAGCCCAUUUUAUGAUCACAGUUCCAGCUCAGCUCAUUCACCCCUCCAAGGAAGAAGCCUGCGUUACCUUACUCCAGCUCAAGGGGGCAGUGUCUCUCAGGAUGGAGCUGCACAGGAAUGACCAUCAGCAAGUGGUGGCUGAUGACAAGAUAACGACUGAGAGUUUUAGCCACUGUUACCCCUUUCAGGUCCCUGCUGCAGAAGAAGACAAAGAGGUAUGGCUCUCCCAUGUAUCAGCAGAAGGAGACAAUAUUAACAUCAAUCAGACAAAGAAGCUUCUCAUAAUGGGGCAAAUGUACAUCACCAUCAUCCAGACGGACAAACCAAUGUACAAGCCCGGCCAGAUAGGUACGAUUUUAUAUAGCAAAGGAUUUUAGAGAGGGAUAGGGAAC